UGACCGUCAACAUCUCAACAAGCUGAACAAUGUUCACUCCGAACAAGAGGUAGCGCGGACCCUUCGAUCAUGGCAGAAUUUCACAGCCAGCGACCCUCAAGAGGGCUGCGUAUGAUCAGUGAUCACAAAGGAGGUGAGACCCACCGUAUGACUCACUACAACUUCAAGUUCGAUUCUGGCGCUUCCACCGACAUUCAGUGACUCACCUGUGUCCUUCGCCACACUUUCAGGCGCCUGUGGCAGCCUCCAGCCCUGCUCGUGUAGCUGGCUCUGCUCAGAGAGCUCACAAGAGAAGUACAAGUCUACAGCAAUCGAAUAGCUUCAAUGCAUUCCUGCACUCGACACAAACCGUGGGAACUCAUGUUUUUGUAUCCGCCGCCAUAUAAGGCGCCUCGAGUGUUGUCCUUGGCCAAGUUCAUUUCUCCUCCGACCCUACCAUGAGUCGUGCUCCGCUGAUAAGCGCCGCCGCCGUUCCUCCCCCUCCAACGAACCUCGUCUUUACCACGCCACCGCCACCACCCAACCGGCCAGUGCCCCUCGAUGCCGACCUCCUGCAUAGGCUCUUCGUCAAGCUUGACACGCUUCUUCUACAGGAAUUCGGCGGGCGUCAUGUGACACUUGUCGUUCACGGUGGCGCGGCAAUUCUUCUUCACCCUGAAUUGGCGCAGACUCAGUUGCAACCGCGUCGCAUCACAACGCGCGAUGUCAACUACUUAGGCACUGCUUUCGCUACAGAGUGGCGUCUGCAUGGAAUCAAAGAUGCACCUGCCCGGCUGCAAAGAGCAGCACGAGAGGCCGCACAGAAACUACGCGUAGACGCCGAGUGGCUCAACGCGUCCGCGGACCAAUGUCUGCCCACUACGACUGACUCAUCUGGCCUACCCCGAUAUCCGGUGUACGACGCAGCAAUCCACCUGGAUGGAAAUUCGCAGUCGCAGAUGCUGUUCAGGGGUAAGUCACUAUCGGUGACCAGCGUGCCCUUGUACUGGGCGAUUGCCCUGAAGCUGCGGCGCUUCGAGGGCUGGGACGCUGCAGACAUCUGUCUGCUGCUUAAGAAUGCGAGCUCGAUCCCAUGGACGGCCCAAAUCAUUGAAGAUUCCAUACGGAGGAACUGUGCCGGAUCCUUUCCGGAGGGUGUAUGGUUUUCUGGAACCUACAUGGCCGAGCAGAGGGACAAGAUGCAGGCGAUCGUCGACAUGCUCGACGGGCGCCGACCCAUACCUGAUCCCGAGUAUGCGACGCGCCGAUUGCGCACGAAAUCCACUCCUGCUCGCUAUCCGUCGCGGGCAGGCGCAGCAACUAUGCCACCCAUCCCUCGCGCCCUUCCAGAGCAUCUCCGCCCGUACACCGGCAUCCGACCAGCGAUGACCGAACCUCCGGUCAUCCCUCCUUAUCCUGGUAACGGAGUUCUUCCUGGUAUUUCUCGCCCGUACACUGCGCAGUCCCAUCGCUCGGGAUACCCGAGUAACGCGAAGGGGCCGCUUCGACCCGUUCAAUUCUACCACCCUCGCGAGCGCGGGUACAGCAGCGACUCGACGGCGUCUAUGAGCUCGGGCGGCUCCUCCUCCACCGCUUUCAUGAGCGAAAGCGACGCGGGCUCGGAUGGCGAAUAUGACGUGGGCGAAUUCAAUGUUGACUUCGCUGGGAUGACGCCGCCGCCAGCGCACUGGCGCGGACGGCCGUUGCCUCCAUCGGCGGAGACGGCGUCGAUAUCCUCCGGCAGUUCGCUGAGUGGGGACAGCACGCCGAGAGCUCGUACGCAGUCCAUGUAUCCUACGAUGUCGCCCGCUAUGUCGGUGUCCUCCGCCCCGGGUUUGACGAGGGAUCAUCCGUGUGCUCGCGCGUAUGCGCGUCUUGCAGGGCACCAUCGGCCUGGACAAGAGGCUCCUGUCCCCGGAUCGCCAGCCUACACCCUCGCGUCGUCGUUCUCCUCGAUGAGCAUCGCCAACUUCCCCAACUCCGCCACAUCGCGCGGGAACGAGCGGCAGCCCUCGCACCUGAGCCACCCGGCCUACCCUUCGCCAACGCCGCUCCCUCGCGCGCCGCCUUCUUCGCGCUCGCGGACGACGUCCUUCGCCUCGACCGCCGGAUCGUACUCGGCGCCGGUGGGUGCACCUCGGAGCCUGCCUGUGCCGCAUGCGUCGCUUCCCGCGCCCGAGCCCUCUCAGCUCUACGCCCCGCAGAGUGCAUCUCCGGGCUACUAUGAUACGCGUCGGCACCCGAAGUCUUCGCGUGGUCGGGAUGGCUCGAGGUUCAUCCCGCCGCCGCCCUAGGUGGUGUUGCAGAACGCAUUCGACGGCGAGUGCCCGGUUUCGAUCACGGACCUUUCUUUAUUCUUCAUCUUAUGUCUGGACAGUUUCGUACUUAAGUGGUCCUCGUCUUUGGUGAGAUUCGACGGCCGUAGGAUACUGUAGUCGCAUCUUGCUCGUUUACUGACGGUAGUGGUUUCUUCCGAUCUUAUUACCUACGUUUGAGCCAGAUACUCUUUGCGAAUGAUAUGUCUCGUUCUACUUAUCAACGAGAACCAUAUGCGUAAUGUGUGUGGUGACGACUUGAAACCGGCAUGUUCUACCAACCUCGUAUGUAGAAAGGCCGUAUGUUUCUGUUCCGGAUGGCGUCGAUGGUCAACUCGUCCGGGACAUUUUCGUACGAUUUACCAAACGUAGUGAGAGUCGCAAAGCCUGUAGUGUGCGCCACAAAUAGUGGUCUCCUCGUAAUAGCCAGCACGCGCAGGCGAUCCAAUAGCCAACUAUAUUCAAAGUGCGAGGC